AUGUAUGCCUCCAAGCUAACAGACCAGCCCAACCUCGUCCCGCCCCUUACGAAGACGGAGCGUGUGCUCGAGUACAAGGCGGAGCUUGAGCGCAUCGACCCCAGCGUCGAGUGGCUGAUGACGCUCUACCUCCAUCCCGAGGUGACGCCCGAGGAGAUCCGCAAGGCAGCCGCGGCCGGCAUCCGCGGCGUCAAGUCGUACCCGCGCGGCGUGACGACCAACUCCUCGUCGGGCAUCGAGGAUUACAGCGUGUACUACCCCGUCUUCGCGGCUAUGGAGGAGUGCGGCAUGGUGCUGAAUCUGCACGGCGAGGUUCCCAGCGACGCGGAGAAGAACAUCAGCAUUUUGAAUGCCGAGAAGCACUUCCUGGCGCACCUCGAGAAGCUGGCUGCCGACUUCCCAAAGCUCAAGAUCGUGCUCGAGCACGCGACCACGGCCGAGGCCGUCGAGACCGUCAAGAAGCUCGGCCCCAACGUCGGCUGCUCCAUCACUGCGCACCACCUGUAUCUGACAGUGGACGAGGUCGCGCCCCAGCCGCACCACUUCUGCAAGCCCCUCGCCAAGGAGCCGCGCGACCGCAAGGCGCUCCAGGACGCCGUUCGCAGCGGCAACCCCAAGUUCUUCCUUGGCUCGGAUAGUGCGCCGCACCCCAGCGCGAGCAAGGCGCCCAAGAUCUCCGAGACGGGCGAACUCCACGCCUGCGCUGCGGGCUGCUACACGAGCCCGUACCUCGUUCCGCUCGUUGCGACGCUGCUCGAGAGCUUUGGCGCGCUCGACCAGCUCGAAAACUAUGUCUCCAAGCACGGACGCGCCUUUUAUGGCGACGAGGCCAAGAAGGGCCAGGAGGUCACGCUUAAGCGAGCUGUUGGCGCCAAGGUCCCCCCGCGCAUUACGGCUGAGGGUAUCGAGAUCGUGCCCUUCUGGGCGGGCAAGGAGCUCGCUUGGGAGAUUGCCCAGUGA